GAAAAAAGGCGGGACUAGAGGGGUAGGACAAUGAAUAACGUCCUCGCGGGUUGAGGUUUACGCUAACAGGGUGUAGUGUUGUUUUUACACUACAUUUAACUUCUUGGAAAUUGAUUUACGAUAAUUUAGCGGGGGGCGACAUUUCGUGGACGCGACGUUCAUCGUCUUUGGGUCGACAUUCGUCUUCCAGCGGGGUUAAACAACCGACAGUGAAAGUAGUAGUAGUUGUAGUCGGGUCGAGUUGUAGCCGUGCGGUUGUUAGCUUCCUGAAGCUAACUGCGCUGUGUAUCUGAGGUGCAUUAACGUUGCAUGUGCGGCAACAACAUGUCAGCUCCUUUACCUGCCAUUGUGCCUGCUGCCCGCCAAGCUACAGCCGCGGUGAUAUUCCUGCACGGUCUUGGUGAUUCUGGACAUGGCUGGGCGGAUGGUCUCGCCGGCAUCAGGAUACCUCACGUGAAAUACAUCUGUCCACAUGCCCCCACCAUGCCUGUCACUUUAAACAUGAGGCUCCCCAUGCCUUCCUGGUUCGAUAUUCACGAUCAGUAUCAUAAUGCAAAGGAAGAUGAAGCUGGGAUUAAAAGAGCGUCAGACAACAUUAAAGCCUUGAUUGACCAGGAAGUGAAAAAUGGAAUACCUUCAAACAGAAUUAUCCUGGGAGGCUUCUCGCAGGGUGGAGCGUUGUCUCUCUAUACAGCUCUGACAACUCAGCAGCAACUGGCCGGAGUAGUGGCUCUGAGCUGCUGGCUUCCUCUGCGGAAUUCCUUCCCUCAGGCGUCUGCCAACUGUGCUAACAAGGACAUGCCGGUCUUCCAAUGUCACGGAGUUGCCGAUCCCCUGGUGCCCUUCGCCUUUGGCAGCCAGACGGCGGAGAUGAUGAAGGCGCUCAUGAAUCCCGCCAACAUCACCUUCAAGCCCUACCCUGGUCUGGACCACAGCUCCUGCCCAGAGGAAAUGAUGGACAUCAAGAGGUUCAUAGAGAAGCAGCUGCCCCCACUGGGCAACGAAUGAACUCAGGCCCAUCUGCACAAUCGCACACAGCUCCACCAGAGUCUCCUGGAACCAAGACUCAGUGGACUGGAGGAACCAGGACCGACCAGAACUUGACAAUAAAAAAAAAACCACGCUGCUGAGCCGGGUCAUAAUAAGACUAGAGACCAGACCAGACCGGGAAUGCUGAACAUGGCAUGACUGGACCGAUGCUGCAUCCUGACCCAGGGCAACACACACACACACACACACAGAGGAAUCUCAGUUCUACCGUAGAGUUACAUUUAGUCGCUUGAUUACAAAGCCAUCAUCACCUGCAGGAACCUAUGUAUUGAACUACAACUAGGGCUAUUCUCUAUGAUUUAAUACUGAAUAUCUUAAAAUAAAUGGCCUCUUGUUUUAAAGGAUAA